AAACAAGAAUAUCUCCAAACACCUCGACCGACGGCAAAACACGUCUACAUCACCGGUAUGGCGCUCAAGAUGGAGGCCAUGUCCUACAUGGCGGAUGGACUCUGCAGUUUCAAAGAUGAUCAAGGUACCUAUAACACGCAUUAAUUCUCGUCAAAAAAAAUGCAUUACGGGUGUUCACUUGUCCUCGCUCUUCUACCUGGGUAGUCUGAGCAGACAUUUGAUCUGAGAUCAUACCGUUGGAACCUGAACAGGGUAAAUCCUGCGAUAGGGACAAUGCAAUCCUCCUUCACUUCCCUUUCUUGUGACGAGCUUUGGGGUGUAUUGACUUUGGCAGCACUUCCAACGUGAGAUUUCAAGAUGUCUACUGACAAGAUUACGUUCUUGACCAACUGGCACGCUACGCCAUAUCACGCCCCAUUGUACCUCGCUCAGGCGAAGGGAUAUUUCAAAGAAGAAGGGAUUCAGGUGGCUCUUUUGGAGCCGAACGAUCCAAGCGAUGUCACCGAGAUCAUUGGAAGCGGAAAAGUCGACCUUGGUUACAAGGCCAUGAUCCAUACUUUGGCAGCCAAAGCCCGUAACUAUCCAAUUGUGUCGAUCGGAUCACUCCUCGACGAGCCCUUCACCGGCGUAGUCUACCUCAAAGACUCCGGCAUCACCACCGACUUCCGCACCUUGAAAGGCAAGAGAAUCGGCUACGUGGGAGAAUUCGGCAAAAUCCAAAUCGACGAACUAACCUCCCACUACGGAAUGUCACCAUCCGACUACACCGCCAUUCGCUGCGGCAUGAACGUCUCCAAAGCCAUAAUCAAAGGCGAAAUCGACGCCGGCAUCGGUCUAGAAAACGUCCAAAUGGUCGAACUCGCCGAAUGGCUCUCCUCUCAAGGCCGUCCCAAAAGCGACGUCCAAAUGCUUCGAAUCGACGAACUCGCCGAACUAGGCUGCUGCUGUUUCUGCUCAAUCCUCUACAUCGGAAACGAACCCUUCAUCUCCAAAAACCCAACCAAAGUCCAAGCCUUCAUGCGUGCCGUCAAACGCGCCACAGACUUCGUCCUCACCGAUCCAGAACACGCUUGGGUCGAAUACGUAGACUUCAAACCGAGCAUGGGAACAGCGCUGAACCGCAAAAUCUUCGAGCGAUCUUUCGCGUACUUUUCCAAAGAUUUGAAGAAUGUGCAGCGCGAUUGGCAGAAGGUGACCGCGUAUGGGAAACGUUUGGGCGUGCUUGAGCAGGAUUUUGUCCCGAAUUAUACGAAUGAGUUUGUGGAGGAGUGGACGGGGGAACAGGAACAGCUUGAUCCUGUGGGUGAUCAGAAGAGGAUGGUGGAGUUGCAGAAGAUUGUGGCUGAGGAAGGUGGGUUCCAUCGUCUUGAUGUGAAGCGUGUCGCUGCGAGCGCUUAGGCUGUGGUGUGGAUUCUUGGUGGAGGAUCAUUAAGGUGGUGUGGACAGGGAGUAUAUUGCCGAAAGUGGUUAGGUGUUGACGGCGCUCUUCAUGUGCAUGAUUCAACUCACGCGCUUCCACUCAUUAUGGAUAUGAUAGGAUUGAGUAUGUGAUUCAAACACAUUCCGUAGCUUAUACUUGUUGAAAGCUAUGCUAAGCUAUCGAAAUUCAAGUCCUCAUCAUAAAACAUUUUCAUCACCUCGAGUUGAAUCCAAGUCGCACGCUUCUUCAAGCCUCAUCUCCAAUCUACUUUGACUCUCGCUCCUUCACAAGCUGCCAGAUAUGCUCAUUGAAGAACCACUUCUCAAGUCCCUUCUCGUCAAUAGCAUCAGCUCCAGCCACUGUACCAAGACACACACCAUCUCCCGCGCCGCAAAGGCAUUCGAACGGCCUAUCCAUAUGCCAUUCAGUCGAAGGGUAAAAGAACGUCAAAGCAUCUCCAGGCUUAACAUCGCGAUCCCUCGCCACCUUAACCUCGCCUGCCAGACCAGCGGGCGUGAGAUGUUUCGCUUCCUCCCCCAACUUCCCAGAAGGUGGCUCGGUGGGAUAAUUGCCAUCAGCGUCUGGAGCAUAAGUGUGGACUUCGAGGGAUGGUGCACAGGAGUGAUUCAUGUACAGUAAAGCGCUCCGCGGAUCUGUCUGCGUGGUUGCGGAAGUCUGGAUUGUUUUCCAAGAGGCCUUGGGUUGAGGGACAUGGGAAGUGAUGAAGGCGAAGUGGGAACCUGCAGGCGCUGAGAUUUUGGAUACAACGCAGAGACCGGCUGGGGUAUGCUCGAAAGCGACCAGAUCUUCUAGGCCAUUCACGCUAAGCUCGUAUGCGGAUUCUUUGCUGUGCAGGUCGGUGACAACAUGGGGAGUUUUCGUUUCUUUGGAGUUGGUCAUUUUUGGCGGUUCGUUGUUGUUGAUGUUGCAAUUUAUCGAAUUGCUUUGAGUAGGAGGCAGAAGAACUCUGGCACAAAGUCCAUGGGCUGCC